AUGGCUCAGCCUAAACCGCUUAUCCAAUGGUCAUCUGUAGCUGAGUCGAGUACGGAAGUUGCGAAAUUGCAUCUCUUGACUACAACACCAAAAGUGUUAGCGAAGGAAGGAUAUGUGUUUGAACCUUUGACGGAAAGCGAAACAUGGAGGAAGAUGAGAUGCAAGAACUGUGGUCAACGACUCAAGAAGUAUUUUCCACCCUUGCAAUACAGCAGAUAUGCACAGGGAGAUCUUAUGAGCUUUGAGGAAGAUCAAGCAGGGGAGGAGAUUGAUGAAUAUGAGGUUGAGAUCACGCAACCAGUUCGUAAUGCUAGCAAGCAGAAGCACUUGUGCGUGUACCAUGAUGGGCUGCUCUGGAAGAGCACCUAUCAAUGCUGUAAUGGCCACAUGUACACGAAAGGAUGCAUGUCAAACCUAACUCACGAAGCCUGCGACCUAGACGAGGCUCGAGCACAAUGGCAGUUUCACAAAACCCCCUCACCCGAAACUAUACCUGCACUACAGAUACCUGCUCACGUUCCAAACAGAAUUCAGAAUCAGGAUGGUCAUCGAGGAGCCAGACGUGGUCGUGGACGAUAUACCAACGUAUACAGUCACAACUCACCGUCGCCCAGCCCAUUUCUCAGUGGAAAGGACAUUCGUAUCGCAGUAGCGCUAGACUGCGAGAUGGGCACACCAAAGAACGGGACAAGUGUUGACAACGUCCUCAUUCGCGUCUCCCUCAUCGACUUCUUCACUGGCCAAACCCUCAUCGACAAACUGGUAGCUCCAGACGUCGAAAUGCUACACUACAACACUAAGUACAGUGGUGUCACUUUCGCCAUGAUGCGCAUAGCCAAAGAGAACCGAGAUGUCAUCUGUGGUGUCGACGCUGCUCGCGAACUAGUCUUCCGAUACGUCAAUGCGAACACUAUCAUCAUCGUGCACGGCGGCAAUGGCGACCUAAUCUCACUACGAAUGCUACAUCCAGCUGACAAGAUCAUCGACACGCAUGUGCUCGAGAAUUGGUGUCAAGACGUUCGGGAUCAGAAGUUGAAGAGAAGCUUAAAGGAUGUGUGCUUGCGACGAUGUGGAAUUACGGUGCAGAACUCGAAGCUGGACAAUGGCAGAGUGGCUGGACAUGAUAGUCUGGAGGAUGCCUUGGCUUGCAGAGAGAUUGUUUGUGCGUGGUUGAGGUUGAUUCCAAGUACAUAG